GAGUCCCCCCCGCCAGCCCUGCCCGCCUCGGGAGGAGGGACUGGGUCAGGGGAAGGUCCGCCCAGCGCAACCCAGCCCAGGCAGCCGGGGCCGGACGGCUGCCCGCGCCUCGCCGCCAGACCAUGGGAGCCGGGCCGCCCCCCGCUCCGCUGCCCCCCGCCGCGGGGCCGUCCCGCUGAGCGCCCCCGCGGGAAGGGGCGGCCCCGCCGCAGCCGCCCGCCCCGGGGAAGGAGCUGGCGCCGCCCGAGUUGUGUCCAUCACCGGCGCUCCCCGGCGGCCGGGGCCCCGCGCUGCCGCUUCGCCCCGCGCUGCCCGGGCAGCGCCACCAGGCUGCCCCCUUGCCGGUGGGCAGCGGGGAGGAUGUCGGGCAGCACGGCGAGGAAGGUGCAGCCCUUCACCAUCAGCACCAAGCUCUCGCUGCCCAAGUGUGCCGCCGACUUCCCCGGGGACGCCUGCCCCGGCAUCGCGCUCACCUCCGCUCUAGACAGCCACCGCGGGCUCCGCCGGAGCCUCAAUGAGCGCAUCUCCCUCUACCUGGCACACGCCCGGGCCGGCCCCGUCGCCCCCGAGGGUCAGCCCCGUAGCCCCAGCCCCGGCGAGGAUGGGGGCACCGACGAUGAGCGGCUGAACCGCAGCUCCCUCUCCCGCUCCAUCAAGAAGAUCACGCUGUCCAACUGGCAUGGGGAGACCGGCGCAGGGGACACAGCGGGACCCGGGGACCCUGACCGGACAGGCGGCGAGAGGAACCACAACAACAACAACAGUAGGCCAGGGAAAGCUCAGUUCAAGGUCUUCCUCAGGAAGGACGUGGAUGUGGACGAUGAGCAGCAGGAGGUUGUGAGCCUCCGGGCUGGUGGUUUCUGCUCACCAGUGGACAGAGGUUCCCCCUUCUAUGCGCUGGCAGCAUCCCUGGCAUCAUCACCCCAGAAAGAGAGCCCCAGGGGCAAGGAGCCCAGCAUGGCACCAAGAGGCGAUGGGCGAAGCGGUGCGGGAGCACCCCUCCUCCUUGACCCGAGCCCUCUGGUAGCCCAGUUCAACCGGGAGAUGCUGCAGGCAGAGGGCUGGGUGCGAGGCAAGCUGCGGGACCUGAAGGAUGGCUGCGACCUCCAGGACUGGGAAGAGGUGGCUCAGACGCUGCAGCGGGACAUGAAGGAUUUUGAGAACACACUGAUAAAGCUCAACCAGAUGGGUGAGCAGCUGAUGUGGCGAGCCAGUCCCAGCGCCGAGGCAGUGCGCAGGCAGCUGCUGGCCCUGCGGGAGCAGUGGCAGCUCCUGAAGCAGACAGCCGCCAGCCAGAGCAAAGCCCUGGGCGGGCUGCGGAGCCUGCAGGACUUCAACAGGAAAGCCGAGCAGCUGGAGGCAUGGAUCAAGCACAAGGAGGAGAAGCCAUCCAUGGAAGCCCUCCUGCAGGAAAGCCCGGACAAGAUCCAGCUCACCCGCCGCAUCCUUGACUUGAAGCAGGAGGAGCAGCAGUUCCAGAGCCUGCACAAGGAGCUGAACAGCCUGGCCCAGAAGCUGGAGAAACAAGGCAAAAGUGAGAGCAGGAGCAUCUCAGCCCGACGCAAGCACCUCAACAAAACGUGGCUGCGGCUGCAGGGGACCCUGAAGGAGCACCAUGAGGCUCUGCAGCUGGCCCUGGAGGUGGCUGCCUUCCUCCAGCAAGCGGAUACCCUGCUUGGGGCCAUCCACACCAAGCAAAAGAACAUCUGUGGUGUAGGGAAACCAGAGGAGGGCGAGCCAUGCCGGGAUCGGGAUGUCAGAGACAUAGCCAGCCAGGUGAUGAUGCUGGAUGUGACUGUGUCCCAGCUCCUCAGCCUGCAGCCCAGCCUGGCAGCCCGACUGAACCCCAAGCACCGAGAGGUGAAGGAGAGCUGGGCACAGCUCCAGCAAGCACUGAGGACAGGGAAGGCUCUGGUGAGCAGUUCUCCAGGGGGGAAAGCUGUGGCUCUGAGCGCUGAGUCCCAAGCUGCAGGGAAGGAAGCAGGAGACAAAUGGACAAGAGACUCUGGGAGCAUGGUACCGAAGGAUGUACCAGGGAAGAUGGUGGAGCACAAGGGAGGAGAGGGGAGCAGCCUUGGCUCCCCGGUGGUGAUGCAGCUUCUUCAGGGAGAGGACAGCAAAAGGAGGAGGAGAGAGGCAGAGGCUGAGUGGGGGACACGGCAGCAGGAGGCCCAUGUGCGGGAUGUCUGCCAUGCGGUGAACACGACUGUGUCCUCGCACAGGGACAGCGUGGGUCCCAGAGUCCCUCCACGCCUGGGGGAUGUGGAGAGCCUGGAGGGAGCACAGAUGCAGGGGGAGCCCCCAGACCCCAGCUCCAGGGCCGCAUUCCUGGAGGGGCCGGUGCCUGGGAGGCCCCCGGGGAGCCCACAGGUGGAGGCCAUGCUGCGGGAGCUGAGCGAGCUUUGGGAGGACCUGCAGAGGAAGCACCAGGAGAAUGGCAUCGUGCUGCAGGAGAUUGAUAAGGCACUGAGGCUGGUGGGGGAGCUGGACCGGGCCGAGCGGUGGCUGCAAGCCGUGGCCGGGUCACUCUCAGAGCCGGCUGCCAUGAAAAGCCCUGUGGAGCUACGCCAGGACCUGGAGGAGAUGGGUCAGCUGGAGAGGCAGCUCGUGCUGUGUGGCACCAAGCUGCAGGCACUGCGGGAGGAGGCAGCAGGCGAGUCAGCCACCGAGCUCGAGGGAAGGAGGAAGAUGCAGAGGAAGGUGGAGGUGGUGGAGGAGAAGUUGGCACGUGUGCAGGCAGCCCUGCGGCACCGGGCGGCAGACCUGCGUGACUCCCUGGUGCUGUCUGAGUUCCUGCAGGACCUGCAAGAGGAGGAGGCACGGAGCCGACAGGAACCUGAAGCGCCAGGGAGUGGUCAUUGCAGCUUGCAGGGGUCUUUUCCCCUGCUCUUGGCCCAGGCCGGGCAGCCGCUGAGCAGAGAGGACUUGAGCCAUCCCUUGGGAGAGCUGCAGGAGGCUGUGGAGAUGCUGAACGAUGCAGCGAAGGAGCGGGAGCGGGUCAUGGAGGUGGCAGCAGAGACGGAGAACCUGGAGCGCCUGGUGGCAGAGGUGUCCCCAUGCCUGGAGGCCCUUCGAUGCAGAGCUGAGGCACUAGCUCGUGACACUGCCCAAGCAGAGAGCAGCUUCACUGCGGUGAAGAGUGAGAAGGAUCUCGAGGGGCUGCAGGGCUUGCUGAGCCAGCAGCAGGAGCUGGAGCGUGAGGUGUCAGAGACCCUGCAGGGGCAGCUGGAGGAGCUGGAGAGGGCAAGUGCACACCUGGAAGAGCUGUGCCCCACUCGUCUGUGCCCUGUCAGCCGGGAGGUGCAGGAGACGCUGUGUGCCUGGGCAAGGCUGCGGGAGCUGCUGCAGGAGACCCGGGCCAGUGUGCAGCAGGCCAGCCGGCUGCGGCUCUUCUUCAAGGAUUACUUGGCCAUGAUUUCCUGGACGGAGGACACGCGGGCUCAGAUCUUCUCUGAAGGCUCAAGUGGCCACGGCCUCCCAGAGACUCCGUGUGAGGAGCUGGAGAGAAGGAUCGAAGGGAAGCUCAAGGAGUUUGAGGCGCUGGCAGCGUCAGGGCAGCAGCUGGUGUCUGAGGAGCACUACCUGAGCGCAACAAUAAAGGAGCGCUUGGAGGAGCUGCAGAGCAUGCUGGGCUGGGUGCUGGUGCGCUGGCGAGCACAGAGGCACCAGAGGGACCCAGGAAGAAAGCAGGAGGACAGAAGAGACCCGGAGAGCCCCUCUGGCAUGUCUCCCACCAGCCAAGAGCAGCAUGCCCUGUGUGCUCAGCCCCAGCUGGAGAGCAUCCACAACCCAGUGGAGUUCAUGCCCUGUUCUGUCCUCAAGCCUAUGCAAAGAUCAGAGCCACGGCUGCCAGUGGGAAUGGCCAUCUCCCCUCCAGCAUUGCCCCACUCGGAUACCCCAUCAGGAGUGGAGCAGAGCCGGGGGGAGCCCAGCAGCUCAGCAUCCGCCGGUGCAGGACCCCACGAGGAGGCUGUCAUCUGGGAUCCUGCUGAGACCUCCACGCUGCUGCUGCCACCACGGGGCCCCGGCGGGCUGGGCGGGACGGUCAACCUCAUCCUCAGCAUCAGCAAGAAGGGCGAGAAGAAGAAGGCGCAGCCGGUGCCUGGAGGGGAGAGGCUGGGGGAAGAGGCGCUGCGGACGCUCCCUGCCACUAAACGCUCAGGCUGUAAAAACUUUUGGAAGCGUUGCCAGGGGCUUUUAGGAAACACUUGGGGUAGUUUAAAGCGAAAGAGAAAGCCGCUUCACCAGCCAGUGGAAGAGGCGCAGGCGGAGGCAGAGAAAACCUCAAGCGCUAAGCGGCCGCCCACCGUUGCCCGCCGGCCUCCAGCACCAAGCCCUGGGACCUCAUCCACCUCUCACACCCUGCCCAUGGCUGGGGCCGGCUCCCUUUUCAACAGCCUGCAGCGGCGGGAGCAGGCAAGGGCCGAGCAGGCCCAGCUGCUGACCCUGCAGGGUAUCAUGGGCACCGGCUCCCUGCAGCCCGCGCCCGAGGAGCGGCACGGCCCCAGCAGCACAUGGCCUCAGAAGUGCGGCCGGAGGAAGGGGGGCCCUGGAGCAGCCGCUGCUGGACCCCAGCUCAGGGAGCUGCUGCUCUAUGUCAGGAACCCGCUGGUGCAGGACAUUGAUGCUGAGUGCGAGGCGGCCCCCCAGGACACCCACCUCCCCAACCAAAAAAACACGUGCCCCCACCUUUCCCUGGGCUCCGUGCUCAGCCUGGAGCUGCCCCGGGACCCAGUGGUCUUGGGGUGCCACCGAGGGGCCACGGUGCGGCCAGAGGAAGCAGAGGGGCAGGAGCAGAGGCAGGUCAGGGCAGUGAGGCCGCAGGAGCCCACAGGUACGCACGGGGCUGUAUGGCAGAAGAAGGUAGAUGCGGAUGGGCACAGUCCCCAGGGGCCUGGUGAGGGGCUGGGCUCUUCCCCUAAGAGCGAGCGAGGAACAUGGUUCGAGGAGGUGAGCUUCAACCCCAGCUACAGCCGGCAAAGGGCACAUUGUGCUGGCGAGGAGCGCUGGAGCCCGAGGUGCCCUGGCAGCACUGGUGAAGACCCCCUGGACUUCAGGCCGAGCCGGCUGCCCCGCAUCGGCGUGCUGCACAAGCGGGUUGGACGGGAGGGGGACGAGCUGUCUGCCCGGCUGAGCCAGGAUGGCAGCCCCGGUGCCAGUGGCAGGGCCAGGCAUUGCGAAGCUGCUCGGCUGGAGCUGGGGCCAUCCCCUGCUGGCACACCAGGCAGGGCAGGAGCGAUGCCCAGCCCUGCCUGCACACAGCGGCCAGCCAGCAGUGGCCAGCCCCAAGUGUCCCCAGCUUCCCCCGCUGCCCCCACCCAGCUCUCUGUCCUGGAAUGGGAGCUGGGGUCCCCUCAGCCCCAGAGCCCUGCGUCGGGCACCAGAGAGGUUUGCCACCCUGCCCAUGGGCAGUUUGAGGAGGAGGAGGAGGAGCUGCAGGCCAUCUGGAAUGGGGCAGACGACCAGCAGGCACACAGCAUACCAGCAGGCAGCCGUGCCCGCCGCCUACCAGGGAGCAGGGCAGGCAGCGUACCCAGCCCUGACGCCGCUGCCGGUGGGCCCCUCAUCCUCUCGUCAGCCAGCAAUGUACUAGUCGCCAAGUUCACCCUUCCCACCACUGCCCGGCUCCUCCACAGCCCUUCCGGAGACAAGAGCCCUGGUGCAGGGCACAGCAGUGGUGGCAGUCCCAGCAGACACGGGGUGUCCCCCCGCUCAGAGGAGCUGGUGUCCACAGCCUCCUUGGAUGGCCCCAGCGCCUGGGAUCUGCGGAGAUGUGGGGAAGAGGAGAGGGAGGGCAGCAAGGUCCCCUCCGGUAAAACAGAGUUUCAGAUGAUGGAGGGCACACUGGAAAGGAAGCACGUGUUGCAGACAGGAGGGAGGAAGGCCAGCUGCCGGGCCUGGAGCCUCUUCCACGCCGUGCUGAUGAGGCAGACGCUGUGCUUCUACCAGGACCGCAGGGACAGCCUGAAGAGUUCCGUGGUGGCCCUUCCCCUGAACCUCGCCGGGGCAGUCUGCACCCCGGAUGCCGAGUACACAAAGAAGACCAACUGCUUCAGGCUUCAGCUGCAGGAUGGCUCCGAGUACCUCCUGAGGGCCCCCUCCCAGCCCCUCAUGAAUGAAUGGGUCUCCAAGCUGCAGCAAAACUCAGGUUUCCCCGAAGUGGAUUACUUCCAGGUGGCAGCACAGCAUGUCGAGGGCACUGGCGGUGCUGGGGGUUUCAGCAAGGUCUCCAGCCCUGGGAGCUCCCACCUCCAGGGGCAGCAUCUGGUCACGACCACCAAGAGCCAGGAGAUCGUGGUGCUACCCUGCUCCAACGCUUGGCUGCAGCGGGCUGUGGGCAGCCAGGAUGGCACAGCCGAUGGGACUGUGGCAGCAGCAGAGGAUGCUCACGUGUCCAGGCACAGGGAGCAGCGGUGGUCACCCAGAGGGUCCCCGGGGUUAUGGGACAACAGCUGCCAAGAUGACGACUCCGGGCUGGUGGCCAACAAGAGGAGGUCCUACUCCUUCACCUCAGCCACCUACCAGAGGAUCACUCCAGUGGCUGUGCCCAAGGAACCCAUGGAGGCUGGGAGCAGCUACUCGGUCACGCUGUACAUUGGGGAGCAAGCACCUGCUGUGCCCCGAGCACGCUGCCACUCCUUUGUGGCCCGGCCAGGGACCCCACAGGACACACUGGGGGAGAAGACCCCUACCCCCCCUCGCCCCAAGAACAAAUCCGUCUUCAAGAAGUUCUUUGGGAAGAAGGAGUGAGCCCCAGCCAAUGGGGAGAAAAGCUCUAGCCUGCCCUUGGUCCUCCUGGGUGCCAUCCCAGCAUGGUCUCUGCUCCCAGCACCAGCUCACCGCCUCCCCGGGGGAGAGAGGCUGCAGUGAGCAGCUCUGCUCCAGCCACCGCAGCUCUGGCCUCAGCCCGGCGCUGAGCACCCCUCCUGCCGGGUGCUCUGCCUGGGUGCGAUGGCUCCCCAGGCAUCCUGCCGACACGCAGCACAAGCAGGGGGUCGAGGGGUGUUGUUUUUAUUAAAAAAUAAACAGACA